UGGCAACCAGACGAGAGGGAGUGAGCUCUGGGAGUGGGAAUGCCAAGCCAAUGGUACGGGAGGUGGGCAAGGUCUGGCACGGCUGGAACCAAUGGUAAGGCGGACCUCUGCACCAUCGGCAGCACCAAUCAGACGGCGGCUGGAUGCGGCAUUGCAGCAAGCGGGAGCCGGGGAGGGAGAGCAUCCCUGGCAGCUGAGAGGCGGCCGGCGGUCGCGGAGCAUCGCUCGCCUCGGCUGCCAGCGUGGUCCGGGGCCCCGGGCAGCCGCACGAUGAGGAGCCUCCUCCCGCUGCUCCUCGCCGCCGCCCUGCUCCCGGCCGGAGCCGGCGCCGCGCCCAGAGUGGUGAACAUCGGCGCCGUGCUCAGCACCAAGAAGACGGAGAACAUCUUCAGGGAGGCGGUGGCUCUGGCCAACCGCAAGCACGGCGCCCUGAGGAUCCAGCUCAACGCCACGGCCGUCACACACAAGCCCAACGCCAUCCAGAUGGCCCUGGCAGUGUGCGAGGAUCUCAUCAGCAGCCAGGUGUAUGCGAUAUUGGUGAGUCACCCACCAGGUCCUAGUGACCACCUCACGCCAACGCCAGUGUCCUACACUGCUGGCUUCUACCGAAUCCCAGUGAUUGGCUUGACGACACGCAUGUCAAUAUAUUCUGACAAGAGUAUCCAUCUCUCUUUCCUGCGCACUGUGCCUCCCUAUUCUCACCAAGCUCACGUCUGGUUUGAGAUGAUGAGGCGCUUUCGGUGGGGACACAUCAUUCUGGUGGUCAGCAACGACCACGAGGGUCGAGCUGCACAGAAGAAGCUGGAGACCCUCCUGGAAGAAAAGGAGUCAAAGAAUAAAAAAAGGAACUUUGAAAACAAGGACCAACAUUCGUAUGACAGCAGGCGAGGACCAAAGGCUGAGAAGGUCCUGCAGUUUGAACCAGGCACCACAAACAUGACAUCAAUGCUGCUGGAAGCCAAGGACUUGGAGGCAAGAGUCAUCAUUCUGUCAGCCAAUGAAGAUGACGCAGUGACAAUGUACAAGGCUGCAACACUCCUGAACAUGACUGGGCCCGGUUAUGUCUGGCUUGUUGGAGAGAGAGAAAUAUCUGGCAGGGCCAUGCAACAUGUUCCAGAAGGUGUAAUUGGUUUGCAACUCAUUGAUGGUAAAAAUGAAACGGCCCAUAUCAAUGAUGCAGUGGGUAUUGUGGCUCAAUCCAUCCACGAGCUCUUUGAGAAGGAAAACAUCACCGAUCCCCCCAAAGGCUGUGUUGGGAACACCAAUAUCUGGAAAACUGGACCUCUCUUUAAAAGGGUCCUGCUGUCCACCAAGUACCGUGAAGGGUUCACGGGACAAGUGGAAUUUAACGAUGAAGGAGACCGAAAGUUUUCUAACUACAGCAUUGUGAAUGUGCAAAAGGGAAAGCUGGUGCAAAUUGGAGUUUACAACGGGACUAAUGUUCUGCUGAAUGACAGGAAAAUCAUCUGGCCAGGCGGUGAACUAAACACACCCAAAGGGUUUCAGAUGUCAACAAAACUGAAGAUUGUCAGUAUUUACCAGGAGCCUUUUGUGUACGUGAAGCCAACAUUACCAGAUGGGACGUGUCAGGAGGAGUUCUCGAUUAACGGGGAGCCCAUUAAGAAGGUGAUCUGUACAGGCCCAAAUGCUACAGUACCAGGUCGGCCCAUCAUCCCCCAAUGCUGCUACGGGUUUUGUAUCGAUCUACUCAUCAAGCUUGCCAGCACCCCUGCGUUGAACUUCACGUAUGAGGUUCACCUCGUCCAAGACGGAAAGUUCGGGACACAGGAGCGAGUUAACAAUAGCAACAAGAAGGAAUGGAAUGGGAUGAUGGGCGAGCUGCUGAGUGGGCUUGGUGACAUGAUUGUUGCCCCUCUAACCAUCAAUAAUGAGCGAGCCCAGUACAUUGAAUUCUCCAAACCCUACAAAUACCAAGGACUCACCAUCUUGGUGAAGAAGGAAAUCCCCCGCAGUACACUGGAUUCCUUCAUGCAGCCAUUCCAGAGCACGCUCUGGCUGCUGGUGGGGCUCUCCGUACAUGUGGUGGCAGUGAUGCUUUAUCUCUUGGACAGAUUCAGUCCUUUCGGGCGAUUUAAGGUGAACAGCGAGGAGGAAGAGGAGGAUGCUCUGACCCUGUCCUCGGCCAUGUGGUUUUCCUGGGGAGUGCUGCUGAACUCUGGAAUUGGAGAAGGGGCUCCAAGAAGUUUCUCCGCUCGUAUCUUGGGCAUGGUUUGGGCUGGAUUUGCUAUGAUCAUCGUUGCCUCUUACACUGCCAACCUGGCUGCUUUCCUGGUGUUGGACAGACCCGAGGAGAGAAUCACUGGAAUUAAUGACCCCAGGCUCCGGAACCCCUCGGACAAGUUCAUCUACGCCACGGUGAAGCAGAGCUCUGUGGACAUCUACUUCCGGCGCCAGGUGGAGCUCAGCACCAUGUACCGGCACAUGGAGAAGCACAACUACGAGAACGCAGCCGACGCCAUCCAGGCGGUGCGGGACGGGAAACUGCAUGCAUUCAUCUGGGACUCCGCGGUGCUGGAGUUCGAGGCUUCUCAGAAGUGCGACCUCAUCACCACAGGGGAGCUCUUCUUUCGGUCUGGGUUUGGUAUCGGAAUGAGAAAGGAUAGUCCGUGGAAGCAAGCUGUGUCACUCGCUAUCCUGAGUUUCCAUGAGAACGGCUUCAUGGAGGAUCUGGACAAGACCUGGGUCAGGUACCAGGAGUGUGAUUCACGCAGUAACGCCCCAGCAACUCUCACCUUUGAAAACAUGGCAGGUGUCUUUAUGCUGGUUGCCGGAGGGAUUGUCGCAGGAAUAUUCUUGAUAUUCAUUGAGAUCGCCUACAAGCGCCACAAGGAUGCUCGGAGGAAGCAGAUGCAGUUGGCCUUCGCUGCUGUCAAUGUCUGGAGAAAGAAUUUGCAGGAUAGAAAAAGUGGUAGCGCAGAGCCUGACCCUAAAAAGAAAGCAGCAUCUUUUAGAUCGCUCACUUCAACACUGACCUCCAGCUUCAAGAGACGUAGGUCUUCCAAAGACACGCAAUACCACCCUACUGAUAUAAGUGGGCAACUGAACCUCUCAGACCCUUCUGUCAGCACGGUAGUGUGAAUCUGCCCAGAAUACUGAUGUUUUAAACCAGAAAGAAUUAAGCAACUCAAGAAUUAUUAUCCAACAGCACUAGACUUUAGAACACCAGCAGUAAGCAGAGUGAAAGGAAAGAAGAAUCAAAAGAUACAAUGGAAUCACAACAAAAUCAUCAGCAUUAGUUUUUUCUGCAAAACUUCAACGUUACUGAACCUUGUGUGGCCUGAUCAGAGGAAAGUUACUCAUUUUGUCAGUGUUUUAUUUACUUACCAAACUCCUGGUAUUAGUUAUUCAUCAAACGUCUACUAAUCAGAAAAGUUUCAGUAUUCCUCAUUGACUGUCAGCAUUAUAAUUAUUCAGCAAACUACUAUUGUGAAGAAAUUGGGUAGUUCAGUAGGUUAGUGUCGUAGACCUUCACCUUGGGAACCUGCCAUAAAUCUGUCCGAGUGCAGUGGAAUGACAGUGCCAGGCUGCUGGGCACAAGAAAUGAAAAGGUUUUAGUACACCUUCAACUCAGUGUCCAGUAGGCAUCAAACCACAACAAUAUACUACCCUCAGCUCUGUAGAAAUUGUUGUUUACUUGACAGACUUAAUCAGGGAGUCCGCAGAAUGGGCAAGUGUGACACAGAAAAAAGAUGACACUGGUGCAGCAGGUGGUAUGUUUCUGAGGAGCAAAAGUUCACAAUGAGCUGGAGGAGAAGAGAACAGAUCUGCUGUGUUUGUUAAAAUAGUUGUGCCAAAUCUACACAAAGUAAUUUUAAGGAGGGAAAAAUCAUAAUUUUGUGGGAACAAACUUUGAAUUCACACUAAUUCACUGGGUAUGUUUUGAUAAAUAAAUGCGAUAGGUAUAACCUUUCACUUGCUAACAUUAGUACAAAAGUCCAUGCCAAUAUAUCAUAAAAUGUUCAUGAAAGAUUAAGCAAAACAAUAAUAGGAUUUAAAGGUUAUAGUUCUGGAAAAAGACUUACAAUGUCUUUUCUUGGAACACUACAACAGAGGUUAUUUCUGGUGCUUGGUGAAUUACUAAUUAGGGACAUAAUUUCAGGAUCAUCAGCAGAUGAUUAAAGGGGGAGUAACUGGGAUGCGGGGGGAGGAGUUAGAUGAAGUGUUAAAAAGAGUCUUUAAAGGCAUGAAUUUUUCUUAAAAGUGGCUAUUAAGGCACAGAUAUUUGAUACAUAAUUGCUUACCUAAUUAAAAAAGAAGGAUAUAAAAGUAAAUGGAAAAAGAGGAAAUGGGAUUCAAUUGAAUAAUUCUAGUUAAAAACAAAACUAGUACUAGCAUAGAACUGAUGUGUCGAAAGUUCCCUUCACUGUCAUUUCUGAGAAAGUGAGGAAAACUGUUUCAUAAUUAUGUCAAUUCCUUUGUUAAUGUUAAGAAUAGAAGAAACAAAAAAAUCAAUGUGUGCAGAUGUGUGAAGGAAUGUUCAUACACUGUACAAUAUUGGAGGAAACUGAUACACCUAGAGUGCCAUUGGCAUGGAUACAUUAACCAACUGUAACAGGCUAAGAAUAUGACUACAGAAGUGUGGUGCUAAUGAUGCUAAAGAUACGAAUGAACCAAUAUUUUGUUUUAACAUAGAAACCACUGUACUGUAGUUUGAACAGGCAUUAUAUGCCUGGGACCAAACUCAAAAAAUGCUGCAUUAAUAAGUUUGCUAUUCAUUGUUUUAGUGUUACACCAACUCAUUGGACAAAUUAAGGAUCCGAACAUGUACUCAGCCUGCAUAGCAUGUGCAAGACUUCCUUUCAAUAUGCCACCAGUGUUAUCAGUAAAGCAAUAUAACUUUAUUGGGAAAGAUUUUGGUCUCUUCACUGCUUUGUUUGUUCCCAAAGAGGGGUAGCGGUGGUCAAGAAAUCCAGUGAAAUUUUCUGCCAAUUUGUGCCAAUUUUUUUAGGCUACCAGUUUUUCAGGGUGGAGGGGGAGGGAUGUUGAGAUCUUUUAUCCUAAACAUUCAACAGCUUUAAUACAGUUAAACUGGCAUAACAUAAUUUCAUUACAAUUCUACCAUAAUUUCCAAAUUGAUGCACUCUAUUAACAUUAUUUCCCAGAAUUAUUCAUCAAUUGUUAAAAGUAGAAGGCAGGGGGAGGUUUCAAAUACUAAUUAUGGAGCUCUGAAAUAAACAUUUAUUUAUUUACUGGUGCUACAAGUUAUGUAUUUUGAGGGAGCUUUUGGCAGGCUUGAUGAGAUUCAUCCCCUAUUUGGUUAACCCAACCUUUUUCUGUGUGAAGUACAUCUUAGAAUCAUACUUUGGAAGGACAGACCUGCACCAAAAGACUUAAGAUUUAGCCCAGAUGCCAUUUUUAGCAAGGUGGCAGGGAUGGAUGCCCAGAGACAUCUGAGAUUCCCAAUGCUUUUCCUUAAUAUGUUAAUUAUUUUAGGGGUCCAGAUACAUUCAUAGACUGGACUGCCAAAAUGCUCCAAUGACUUGAUAAAGAUGUUCAGAAUUAUGAAGGACCUAGUCAGAGUAAAAAAAAUGAAUUGUUGUCAUUGACUUCUGAGGCGAUUGAUUUAAAGCAAAAGACUUGGAGUGACAAAAUGAAACUCAUUUUGAUCUGGAACUCCCAGCAGGAAAGGGUGGUGGAAAAAGAUUCAAUCGUUACAUUCAAAGAGAACUGGAUUGAUACUUGAGGGAGAAAAAAUUGGAGAAAGAACUGGGGAAUGGGAUUGACUAGAUUAUCCUUGCAGAGAGAAAUCAUGAAGGUGAACAGUCUUUUCUGUUGGAGCUACUUUAUGAUUCUGAAGUUUGGUAUGAGAUGGAGUGGGGGAAUCAGAAUAUAUAAAAUCUUUCCUUCAUCCAGCAUUCUGUGGGAUCCAACAUCAUGCUUUCAAGUCUUUGACCAUUGUUAAUGAAAACAUCCCACAUUAACUUAACUAAAUCACCCAUAUUCUUCAUGCAUAGCAAAAACUUCAUUCAGUGUUUCUUUUUUUGCAACUUUCUCCUAAAGGAAAUUUAUGUGCACAAUUUUAUACAUCGAAAGUUAUUUAAAAUUAUCACGACUCGAAGAGUUAAGAGGAUAAGAGGUGCAACUAUUGAUUCACCUUGCCCAAGAAUAUCUAUGAAAUUAAACAGGACUUAUACAGAUUGCAGUUAUUUACUUGGAAAGCUACACACAUUAGCAAUGCAUCCCUUCUAUACACACAACACAUUUCUUCUCAACUGCACUACACAGUAAAUUUUUGGGACUAUAAAUUUUGUUUCUUCUCAUAUGUAAUUAAUAAUUAGUUCAGAUUUGCACCUGGGAGAGGAAUGUAUAGAGGGAUAGUGCAGGCUGUUUAUAUAUAUAUAUAUAUAUGGACUAAAAUCUCUUGGGUAUUCCUACAUGACAAACUGCCAAAAUAUUUGCCAAUAGAAUAGAAAUUAUUAUUGCAUUUUUCCAUGUUAAUGACUAGAGAUCUGUUAAAUCAUUUUAUAUAUUUGAUUUGAAAAACAGUAAUUUAUGAUUCUAAGUCAAUACUGGGGAAUUAUUGUCAUACUUGCUUUGUUUGGGAAAUUCUAGUAGUGCACUUAACCUCACUGCUGCAGGACAUUGCAGAUGAUUCAACCUGUACUAUUCCCUUGCCAGUGGAUAAUGUGUAAUAAAAGCAAAGAAUGCUGGAAGGUUUCAGCAGGCCAGGCAACAUCUAUGGAAUGUCAAGCAGGAUUAACGUUUCAGGUCAAUGAACUUCUAUCAGACCUGGGAAAUAAGAAUAAUUUGCAGAGAGAAAGGGAGGGGUGGCUAGGACAAAAGGCUCAGUGGCUGAGUGGAAAACGGAAAGGUUGGUGAAGGUGCGUAUUGAGAGAGGGUGGUAAAGGUGUGUCCGGGAGAGGGGUAACUAGGAGCAGAUGAAUGAAAUCUGAAAUGCCAGAGGAGAGGGAAAAAAUUGAAUACCAGAGAUGUGAGAUAUACGACUGGAGUGGCUGAUAUUUUGAAGUUGCUGUUCAUUGUUAAUUCCUGAAAGCUGUAAUGUGAUGUUGGAAGAUGAGGUGUUGUUGCCCAAGCUUGCACUGAGCUUUGUCAGAAAGUUUCAAAGUCAAGUUACCUCGACCUGAGUACAAUCCCAUAGACUCUCACAGUUACGUGGACUGGACUUCCUCCCUACUUGCUUCCUUUAAGGACGCUCUGUUUCUCUGUCUCUGUUGUGACUGUUGUGUCACCUUCUACUCCAAGGCUUCCAAUAUGGCUUUUUUUUUCAACCAUAAUUGAUAAGGAUCUCAGGCACAUUUCUUCUAGCUCAAAGAACAGCAUCUCAUCUUCCAAUUUACAGCAGGCAUUCCUUUACCACCCUCUUUCAGUUGGUACUACCACCUGUCUCCACUCGGUCACAUAGGUUCCCUUUUGUUGUAUCUGCCUCGCUCAUUCUUUGUAACAAAAAUUGUCUCAUUUCUAACUCUGCCUAAUUCUGAUGAACAAUCACCAGCCAUUAACCUUUUACUUUUUCCACAGAUGCUGCCUGAUCUGCUGAAUAUUUCCAGUAUUUUUAUUUUUAUUUCAGAUUUCCAGCAUCUCCAGUAUCUUGCUUAUGAGUAAUGUUUAGUGCCUGAAAUUGUUUACUGUAAUUCAUAUAAACUUGAUUUAGAACUGGUUAUAGAUACUGCAUGGUAUUGAAAAUGGACAUAUUUUAUUUAACAAUUCUGAAAUAAUAAAAAUAAUUUUGAAAGGUGUUUGCCACUUA